AGCCAUUUUGGUUCCAGCGUUCGCAGCAGCCUGUCCGGGGAAGCGCCCAAGGCGACCGCCCGGAGCCUGGCCAGGCGCGUGGCCGCGCCGAGGCGGCGAUGCACGGGUCCCGCGCGGCCGCCGCGGACAGCGCGCGCUCGGCGGCCUCGCAGGGGUACUCCAGCAGGACGAAGUCCACCACGUCCGGCGGCGCCUCGGCAGGCAGAGGCUUCUGCACCAUCGGGGGCCCCCACGGCGGUACGGCCGGCGUGUGCGGCGCCGCCCUGCACGGCGCCCUCUCCACGUCGACCAUCACGUGGAAGAGGGAGCAGUCCUUGAUCGGCAAGGCGCACGGCCAGAUCGUGACCUUUAGGUACAACGACGUGCCGAAGACGCCCGAGGCCGUGUGCAAAGAGCGCAUCGCCGACGCCCUCGAGAUCGACGACUACGAGGACCUGAAGGAGGCCCUGGGCGAGUGCAGGGACCCGGCGGACACGUCCGCCUACCUGGUCACGACCUCGGAGGUGGCGCGGCUCCUGACGGCCAUCCGCAGGCACGUCUUGGGGCAGAUAAGGGAGCUGCGCGCGAAGUGCAAGGAGGCGGAGAAGGACGGGGGCGACGUCGGGCCCUUGCAGGCCAAGAUCCUCAAGAAGAUCGAGGAGCUCAAGGUCCACGGCGCGUCUUCCACACAGGUAGCAGAAGUGAGCGGUGUGAAGAGAAAGCCUCCACCGUGUUAGUCCGCUGCCCGUUUGCCCUCUGUCGCGGGGGCGCCCUCGGAAGCCUCUCCGGAGCUGGUUGUGGCUCCCCUUGCGCUGUGUGUCUGGCCCCCUGUGCAGCCUCCCCUCCUCUCCACCUUCUCUCCACCUGCUCCCCCUCCUCCUCAUCCUCCU